GUUGCAAAAUUGUGAAAAAGUGGUGAAAAUAUUUUAACGGAAAACCCCGAAAAGAGUGAGCUAAAAUUCAAUUUCCAAGUGUCGUCCUUCGCCCAAAAUUUCGUAGUGUUCUCCUUCCUGUAUCCUACGCCUAGUCAGUACUUUACGUUCAGUUUGAAAAAGUUAUCUCUGGAGGAGCAAAACAACAAUCCUACUACAAACCCAAAAACCACCACGCCAAGCAACAAUCAAACCGUAAGGUUCAUCGCACAAUCAACAAAACCUCACCACAGAAAAACAAUAACGCACAAAACCGACGGUAAACGAUCGGAACUUAAAGGCAAACAAAAAGAAAAUUAAGGGACAGACGCGCAAAACUACGCAAAAUACACCAUACAAGCCGACCGAGAUUUGUCGCUCCUGGUGGCCAGUGACAUUUCUAUUAAUAACGAAUUCUUUCCCUUCUCAUUGCUCGGCCACGACCGUGAUACGUACUCUCGCCGUUUGCCGUAAACAAAAGCGUGUCGCAAGCGUUUUACAAUAAAAAAAAAACAAAUCAGAUCAACGGACGUACUUUCGGUGCGUAUAGAAACAAACUCAUCAUCGCUCAAGAGGCCAGGAGUGUCAAAGUGUCGUACGACAAGACGUAAAAACACAUGUGAGACAUCGCUCGGUACGUGUGAUAGGAUUUCCCCCGGAAAACCUUGAUAAAGUUCACCCGACAACCCGUAGAUAAAUCCCCCUGCCGGAACGCGUACGGGGCAUCGUAACUUGGGACAGAGUGCUCCACACAAAACUCGCUCACCUUCAGAGUGGGCAUCGGGUGGGAAAUACUCCAAUUCGCGUAUACACCUAGCUGGGUGGGUGUGUGAAGCUCUUCGGCAGGUGACCCCCAGGAAGUUACCCUAUUACCUUCCCAACUUCCCCCCAACCUCCUCAUCUCGGAACCAAAAAAAAACCCCGGUAGUGGAGUCACCGUCACCCGAAACUCGUCGAUUCCGAAGCUGUGAUGGACCUGAACGAGCUAGAUCUGCCGGAGAUGACCGAAUCGGACCUGAUGCAGGCAGCGGCCUACACCGCCAAGCUGGUCGGGCGUGAGAGCGAAGUACCGAUGGUGUCGAUGGAUGGUGAAGCCCACCCAAACAUGACACUGGCCGCCGUGGGACUCGGUGUACUUGUAGCAUUAAUCAUUCUCCUCACGCUGAUCGCUUUCAUAACACGCCGUGAGCGAAGCAGCUCCCAAGCGAAAGAUCCACAGCAAGAUAUUACCACCAACAUAUCAUCGGCACCGGGAAGGACGAAACCGAUUGAAGCGAACGUACAGAAACCACCGACGGGACCACGUUGCGUGACGUUUGCGAACGAUUUCGAGCUGGUGGAUGUUGUUACGCGUAUGUGAUAGGAGGGGGGG